AUGUCGCAACGUGGCGCCAGGGCCACCGACUUUGAGGAAAGGGACUACUACCCUGCCCCUCGUCGGUCCGGCACGCGCUUCGAAGAGGCGGAUUACCGCACCUCGAGGGUCAUGACACGAAGCCCUCCGCCGCGCGAGCGAGAGUCGGACCGUGGCAUCUCCUUCUUGAGAGAUGACGCCCGAAGGUCUGAGCCGGGACAGAUGGUCCUUCGCAAGCGGGACGUGGAAACCUGGGAUGUGCACCGGAGCCCGAGUCCGCCCCGAGUCCGUGAGCAGCGCAUCGUCCACCGACCGAGGAGCGAGUCGCCGCGUUAUCAUGACCACGAGCACGAGCGUUCGAGGACGAGGGUCGUCGAGAGAGAACGGGAGAGGGUUAGGUCGCCGUCUGCCGUGAGGAUGAGGAGCCCUAGCCCGGGCGUACGCUUUGUAGAGCGGAGGAGGAGGAGCCCGAGCCCUCCCGUAAGAGAGCAUAUCCGCACGAGAAUCGUCGAGAGGGAAAAGGCCAAGGAGCCGAGUCCCAGCCCGAGUCCCAGUCCGCCACCCGUGAUACGGGGACCGACCAUCGAGAGGGAGGUCAUCACGCACUAUACUGACGUUGAUCACGGCGUCAUUCGGGCGAGGCCGCCCUCACCACGGCCGCACACCCACCGCGAACGCGAGACCGACAUCGACAUCUCCCUCUCCAAAAACAAGACCGAGGUCGACGUCGACAUCCACCGCUCCCCCAGCCGUCACCGCAGCCGCAGCCACGAGCGCCGCUCGCACUACCACGACGACGAACUCAUUGUCCGCGACGGCAUGGACCGCCUCCGCAUCGACGACGGGCGCCGCUCGCACCGCCGCGCCCGGUCCGCCGCGCCCAUGGCGUCCCCCGUCGACGAGGAGGCCGAGUACAUGACGGGCAGGAUCGACGCCCGCGGCCGCAUGGGCGAGGCGUGGCACGGCCACACCAAGGACUGGACCAUUGUCGACGUGCCCCCCGGCACCGAGAGGGUGCGCAUGGACGGCGUGGGCGGCGCCAGCACCGAGACCAACUGGUCCAAGUACAGCGGCGUGCGCCGGACGACCUUUGUCCCCGAGCGCGACGGGCAGCUCGUCGCCGUGCCGCGCGCGCCGUCUCCCCGGCCGGCGCCCGUCCCCGUCGUCGGCAGGGACCACACCAGCGUCACCGUCUACGACCGCGACCGCGAGAUCGACGUCGACGUCGACAUUGACCGCCGCCCGGGCAAGCCCAAGCCCGCGCCCCCGCCGCUUCCCACGCGCGACAUGUGGACCGAGAUCACCAAGGACCUGGUGUGCCGCGAGGCCAUUGAGCAGAUGGGCUAUUCGUACGAGGAGACCAAGUGGUUCUUUUACAUUAUGGAGUAUUUGCAAUACUCACACGGCGAGGCUAACACCCAGCUUCCCCCCUUCCAGGACGAGGUCUUCCAGCUCACGCAGCUGACGGAGCGGAUUCGCCGCCACCGCCGGCACCACAGGGAGGUGGAGUGGGAGCGCGACUACAGGGACGACUGGCACCACCGGUACAGGCGGCACCACCGCCCGCGCCACGAGUGGGAUGACGAGCGCGUCAGGGAGCGCGAGGUCGUGUACGAGUCUCGCGGGCCGGCGAGGGGAUACUUUCGAUAA